AAAAUCAAAAGGCAGUUCCGUCAGCGCAGCAAAUCACCCAAAUGGUCACACCUGUAGGAUUUCCAGUAUGAAGCUUAAAAGCAAAUUCUUUCUUGUGUCAGUCGCAGUCACAGUGGCAUGUUGUAUGGGCUAUUUCUACUGGACGGGCACGAUUCGAAUAUGCCAACAGAAUUUAAGGUGCAAUGAAAUACAAAAAAAGAUGUCCUUUGGUGCCAAGGAUGUCAACGUUCAUAGUCCAGACAGCAAAUUGGAGGUCAGCAGGACCCAGAGGAGCCCUCAGAUGGCAACAACAAAAAAUGUCAAGAGGACCAAAAAGAAGCCAUUAAUGCCUGAAAACUUUAAAUAUUACCCAACAUGGGAGGGCGAAGAAGAUUAUCAUCGAGAUCCGGAUACCUGGAAAACGACCUGUCCUGUAUCGCUGAGGAAUUCGCAGGUGGACUGGUUCAAGCGUGCUUUCAUUCCUGAUAUUGCCCUCCUGUUGCAUAAAGAACAUUUCAAUGAUGAGGAGUGGAAACGCUUAGAGCACUUCCAGCCACCGUUUGGCUGGAUGGCGGCUAAUUAUUCCGUCGUGAAGCAGGCGGUCAACCUGCUGCCUGGAAUCGAUAAGCAGCGUCUUCUCCUCGCCAAGAAGGAUGGUCAAGGCUGUAUCCGCUGCGCCGUAGUUGGCAACGGGGGAAUCCUCAAUGGGUCCCGGAAGGGCGCUGAGAUUGACUCUCAUGAUUACGUUUUCCGGGUCAAUGGUGCAGUCAUCAAAGGCUUUGAACAAGAUGUUGGCACCAGAACAUCAUUUUAUGUCCACACAUCUUACAGCAUCACCACGUCAUUGUACCUGUAUAAACACCUGGGCUUCAAAGCCAUACCUCAGGACAAGGAAACACAAUACAUUCUGCUUCCGGAAGGCAUACGUGAUUACGAAUGGAUGACAGGGUUGCUGUUGAACACAGCUGUGACCAGUGGAUACUAUAAGGGUGAGAAUCCCCGCAAGUACUUUACACCUAAUUUCACGGCAGAGAGGUACUUUGUUCUCCAUCCGGACUUUAACAGAUAUGUUAGAAACAGAUAUCUGAAAUCUCAAACUAUGGAUGGAACAGACUGGGCAAUCUAUCGACCGACUACAGGCUCCUACAGCCUUAUACUGGCACUUCAUGUCUGCGACAUCGUCAAUGCUUAUGGAUAUAUCACUGAAGACUAUAACAAAUAUUCUGAUCACUAUUAUGACAUAAAUAAAACAGAGACCAUAUUUUACCUGAAUCAUGAUUAUGAUGUGGAGAUUAAAAUAUGGAAGAAAUUCCAUGAAGCCAAACUCUUCAAUCUGUACCAGAAGACUUCAGCAGAUCAAACCAUCAGAAAACACUAAGCUUUGUUGUCCUUGCAAGGCUGAGUGGCCGUGAAGUUGCUCCUCUGUGAGGACGUCAAACAGUGUUGGUAUAAAUGUGUGUGUGAAUGUACAGUAUAUUUAGAUCUUCUGUGUCUCUCAGGCCUAAAAAAUGUCCGUCAGUAUUCGUCUGUCUCAAAGACUGUGAAUGUCCCCUUGGAGGACACGCCUGUCCCAGGUGCCAAGUAAAAUGCUACAACAGUGUCUAGAAAAUGGUCCAGUGGCUGCCAACUACCUCUCUACCCAGCCUGAGGAAUGAGCAGAGAGACCAAAGGAGGACAGACAAUUGAAUGAAAUCCAUGACAUGAAAUUGCUUUCCCAUCUUUUUGUUUGCCCUCAGCCAACAUUAGCAUGAGGAUUUCUAUCUCCCAGGUUCUUUUGACUCUUUUGGGGAUCCUCAUAGGAUACAGAAUCAAUUUUACUUUGUUGUUAUGUUAAAUAUUAUUUAUAUCACAAAUUAAAAAAGACUUAAAUCUG